ACUAAAGAGCGGAAAAUGGAAAGUUUAAGUCGCGUUCGCUGAAUCGAGCGCGUCGCGAUCCUAGAAGUUACAAUAUAUCCAUUUCACCGUUGCAUUUUUCCAGUCGUCAAUUUAAACCGAAAAGUCAAUUUUAUUGAAGCCUUUUUCCAUGGUCAAUUCGAAGUAGGUAAAUAAUUGUAGUGUGGUUGUUGUCGCGCUUGUGAGAUAAGUUUAAAUAGAGAGAAUUGGAGGAAAUCACCUUUGACCAAAGCAUUUGAUAAAAUUAGGCGUUGGCAUGGAAACAGCAGUGGAAACAUUGUUCGUGAUAGCAAGGCAAACAAUAGGAGUAAAAUAUGUGAACGGAAAAGAAAAUGCAAAAUAAGCUAAAGCAAAACACACCUGCUCAUAUAGAGCUGAAACGAGAGAUGGAAUUAUAUGUUACGCCUUGGUUCUCGUGUUUACCUAGUUCUAAACGAUAGCUAUAAUUUUAUCGCGGUAACCCGCUAAAAUGGCGGCGCUGAAUGCAGCGAUCAGACAGAAGCGAUUCACACAAGUGAAGUUGCUACUUGAUAUCGGGGUUGAUGUUAACCAGCAGGAUUCUGAAAUGAGGCGGACGGCUCUAAUGCAACUUUGCUUUCUCGACGAUGAGAGCAAAGCGGCCAAAUAUGUCCGAGUAUUACUUGAAAGAGGAGCGAAAGUCGGUUUGAAAGACAAGGAUGGACUCACCGCUCUGUCGCACGCGUGUAAACUCGGACUGGAGCAAUUAGUUUCGAUUAUGCUUGAGGAAGCAAGUGAUUUUGAUCUCAAUUCGCAAGAUAAGCUCGGAAAUACAGCACUCCAUCAUGCCGCGUUGUCAGGCAAUUUCGUGGUCUUAAAUCUUCUGCUAAACAAAUUAAAACGAUUUAAAAUGAACGUCGACAAGUUGAACAAAAGAGGAGAAACCCCCUUGAUUGUCGCGUCUAAGUCAGGAAAUUUCUUUUGCGCACGAAUUCUCGUUUCAGAAGGUAAAGCUUCCAAAGGAGCGCGCGAUUACAUCGAAUUUAAAACUGCUGAGGAAUGGGGAAGGACGAAAGAAAGUCUCCGCUCCGCAUCCAAAUCGCCGCUUUUCCGAGUUAUGCAGCUUCCGCCUCGAAUGUCUUUAGAUUCUCAGAGCCGAGGAUCAAAGGAUGAUGUUCAUUUACCAAAACAGAAAGAUAAUAAGAGGCCGAACACCGCACCAGGGCACUUAUUAAGCCAACCAAGUGAGAGAACUCACAGGGAAAACCUUCGAGAUCUCUUCCGCGUAUACGAAGAACACGUCUCCGGCGCUUUUCGAAUCGGAGUUAAGCCCAGACCUGUUAUUGUGACCACAGAAUCAGUUUGCAGCAUUAACGACGGUACUAGUCAAGAUGAUGAUGACAUUUGCGAGCUACCUCAUCCCUCGGUUUCGCCUAUUUCUUUUCAACCCGUCGGUCGACGCUUUAGCAUCAGCAAAGCAGGCAAACUAGCUCUCAAUACAAACACCGUUCUAAGAAGGGCUUCCCUGGCAACGGUGUCAACAACUGGCAGCCCGAGUAAACCGUUACAACGGCGAGGAUCUCAAUCGUUUGGCCCAAAUAAUGGUAGAAGGCUUUCUCAAUCAAUGCCUCUGUCGCCGAGAGUCAGAAGAGGCUCGAUGAACGUGAUGAGUAAGAUCACGAAAGUGCCCUCAUUGAAUGUAAACAAAGAAAAGAGCGAAUCGAAAAACACUUUGGCUUCAACUGAUUCUAGCUCUACACCUUCGAGACCAUCCAUCUCUGUUAACUCAGACAAACUGUUUGCCAAGCUUCAAACUUUAGCCGAAGAAAGUGACUCUGAAGGGGAGGAAAACGGUAGCGAGAUUUUACAUAGAAGUUCACCAGCAAACCUUUUUUCACAAAUGUGACUGCAUUCUUGCCAUGCGGAUAGAAAUUAAAAAAUAACUGUAAAUUAACGAAGUCAAAUUACAGCCAAACAAGGCUAACAAACGGAAAAUGUCUGAGGUGUGAGAUUAUUUGUUUCAGAAGAGAAUUUAUUUCAAAAAAAGGAGAACAAAUUAUGUGUUUCGCCGACUAAUAGUAAAAGUGACAAGUAUUGUUUGAUUAGGGAAGAUUUAAUUUGUAUUGCUUUU